CAUUUUAACUUUCGCUAAUCCGACCAAGGCGAAUCGAAGCAGGUUUAUGUCGAAUGGGGCGACUCGGGAAAUAUCAAAGACAAUUCCGCUGAAGCGUACUACUCUAUUACCGGAACCGACCAAACUUUCCAGGUCCAGGCCCGGAGCAAGUCUUCUUUCCCUCCGGACUUCCAUCUUUACAUCUCUCUAGACAAUCUCGACACCAAAUCGAACAACAAAGGUGACGUCAUUGAUGAAGGCUGGCGCCACGAUCGAAGCCUUAAUUGGAUUCUUUCUCAAGACGACCGGGGUGAGUUCUGGUCGAACUCUGCCCUGGGAAUAGACUGGAUGCACCAAAGUUUGCCUACGAUUGGUAACCGCAAACUAAAGCACAUCUGCAUGCCUGGUAGUCACGAUGCGGCAAUGUCAGAGUAUCAUCCUGGAACCAUUGGUGCAAAUUAUCAGAAUACACAGACCCAGCUCUUCAGCUUCUAUGAUCAACUCGUAUAUGGGUCGAGGUUUUUUGACUAUCGACCUGUUAUAUCGAAUGGUCAAUUCGUUGCUGGUCACUACUCAGAAGUUGCCGAUGUCUGGUUUGGGGGAAAUGGUCAGAGCAUGUCUAGCGUGAUUGACCAAAUCAACUCCUUCACCCAAACCAAUCAAGAACUCAUCAUAAUCUACCUCUCCCACACUCUCGAUACCGACAACAACUUUUCCGCUCUGACCCAAGACCAAUGGAACCGCAUGUUCUCCGAACUCACUCGCCUAAACCACCGCUUCAUCCCGUCAACUAUACCCUCCGACCUUACCAAUCUCAAGCUUAACGACUACAUCGCAUCCUCUGCCGCCGUUCUCAUCCUUGCGGAGCUCCCUAACGGCAUCUCGCUCGGCAACUACGCAUCCCAAGGGAUAUACUCCUCCACUUCCUUUCCCCGCUUCGACGUCUACGCCAAUUCCGACGAUCGCACUACUAUGGAAAAUGACCAACUCGCCAAACUCCGUGCUCAGCGCCACGUAUCCGCGACUGACACCAAAGACACAUUUUUCAGUCUCUCCUGGACACUCACGCAGCAGAACCCAUUUGGUGAUGCGAUUGUUAAUUUAGCAGUGAGUGUAUGGGACGACUUAUUCGCAAAGGCGUAUGCGGCUUUCACUCCAGAAAGCUAUCCGAACGUGCUGUUCCUGGAUGCAUAUGCGGCAAGGGAUAGGGCUGGGUUUCCGGUGAGCGAGAAGCCGGCGAGUGUGCCUGCAUAUCCUGACGCUGCGGCACUGGCUGUGGCAGUCAACUUCGGAGUUGCGGGGAGGAAUGGCUUUGUGACGGGAGAGUAGGUAGAUAUCGGGUCUCCGUGAUUGGUAGUCUCGUGCAGAUAUGCUUUCACACGCAAAUACCAUUCAAUCAUACUGCCAAUUCAAUGUGCAUACACGUCAUUAUCACAUAAGUUGUUCCCCACCAACCCUGGACUGAUACUUCUACCACUUUCCGAACCUCUAUGACCUGCAAAUCUAUUGGAGCUGUUCUACGUCGGACACAUCCUCCUCUCCUUAUUGCCCAUGCGCUCGCACCACCACAGUCCUCUCGUUCCGUGUAUCUCCAAACCACCCGCUGACCUUCCAGCUAAAUACAAAUGACCGCAUCGACGCACAGCAUACCACACACAGCCAUCGCAACGUCUCCUCGAGGCCCAGGCUGAAAGUUUGCUCCGGU